AAGGAAACAUGAAGAUAAAAGCUGGAAUAAGCCGAUACAUUGUGACGCAAUCAAAAAAAGAAACAUUUGAAGAUGACUACGUCACAAAAACGAUGGGGGCAUUCGGCAACUACCAAAGCCUGGUGUGCUCAAUAAGCGUGAUUGCUCGAAUGAUAUCUUCCUGCAACAUAAUGAGCAUAGUUUUUCUGACAUCUAAAACAGAAUUUGUCUGUACGAGGUUCAAAGAUGGUAUCCGCAGGCUAGUGCAAAACUCUACGUGCUACGAUGACUGCGUUCAAUACAAAUACAACAGUUUAGUGUUUGAUGAAACAUUGAUUUCUACGUUUGGGUUAAUCUGUGACAGAGCAUGGCUCACCAGCUUUACACAGACCAUUACUAUGUUUGGAUUAGCGUUUGGAGUUGCUAUACUUGGAUGGUGCUCUGACAGAUUCGGUCGUCGAAUAGCGUUCGUGCUCUCCGCUUCGAUUUGCGUACUCUUUAUGAUCGCCGCUCCGUUCGUUUCUAACUACUCACUCUACAACGCCUUCCGAUUCUUCGCUGGUUUCGGUUCAGGAGGAAUUAUGGCUAUCAACGUGGUCUACAACAUUGAAAUAGUCGGCUCUAAAUAUAGGGAGACCGCAGGCGCUACUGGGUUGAUAGCAGACGGACUUGCUAUAAUGUUCUUAGCUGUAGUAGCCCACUACACAUCGAAGUGGCAGACAUAUCUCUUGAUACUCGGACUAGUUUCAGGCAUGAUACUAAUUCUUAUGCUCUUCAUACCAGAAACUCCAAGAUGGUUGAUAGCACAAAGGAAGAAAGAGCAAGCGAUACAAUUGAUGACCAAAAUUGCGACAUUCAAUAGACUGGAAACCUCCCACAUUAGCGAGACUGUGAGCAAGGUUAUAGAAGAAUUAGAAACUGUGGAAGUUAAAAAACAGACAUAUCUGGAUCUGUUUAAUAACAGAAAAAUCACUAAAGUGACUAUAGUUUAUGCAGUCAUUUGGACUUUGGGAGGAAUAUGCUAUUAUGGUAUCACUCAUUAUUCCACGUUGCUUGGACUAAACAUAUUUGUUAUGGUUCCUCUGAUGGGAUUUCUUCAGAUAAUAGGAAACAUUAUCGCAAUUCCUGUAAACAAGUACUUAGGGAGGAAAAUAUCUGUCAUCUGCAACCUCCUCCUAGUUGCUGCUAUGAUGACCAUCCUUAUUUUCAUACCUGAUGGUCACUGGGGCUGUGCUGUGACAUCGCUACCAUCUUCUCCAUCUGCGCUUUUUGCGUGUUCUACCUUCAUGUCAACGAGUUGUAUCCCACUCCUUUAAGGAAUAUGGGCGUUGGUGUCUGCUGUUUUGGCUCCAAAGUUGGGGCGAUGGUGGCUCCUUUUAUCGCGAAUAUGCAACCCCAUUGGAUGUCUUCGACUAUUUUUGCUGUGUUACCCUUCCUUGGAGCUGUUUUGGCAUUUCUUUUACCUGAGACGAAGGGGAAAAAGAUGGAAGACACUAUAUGAUGGUUCACAUGU